AAACACAUGUCGCUCAGGCGCACUCAGUACGAGCUGACCAGAGCUCCUCACCCUCAUAGCGAGCGGAUGGAAGUCUCGACACACCGUCGCCCCUCUCUCUCGUACUUCCAUCCGUUCGCUAGGUGAGCCGACUUCGUCCUCUCGGUCGCCCAUCCGUCUCGUACUGACGUUCUUACGUUCGCUAGUUAGGCGUAGUUUUUUUCAGCUAUAAAGUCCUUCCAGUCCCAUCUAUCGUUUCAUCUUUAUGGACAACCGAGGCAAUGAAGGACCGACCCCUAUCAUUGGAGUCUCUCAGGGCUACGUCUCAACAUCCACGGUUGACCCUCAUACAGCGGCUAGCAGUACCAGAGCAGGCAAGCGACCAGAAGUUGACAGCGAAGCCAGUUCCAGUGUCCCAGAAACACCUCGGACUAUUGGACAGUGCAUGGACGUCGUCGACGAGUACAAAGCGGGACGUUUACCGAAAUUGUCCGCGAUCGUCCAAAUCGGACAAGUCUUGGAAUGUUACCAAGACAAACCGUCAGAAAGCGACCUCAAUUCCUAUGUCAGACUCCUUGUUCGGUCUACCGAAGAAGACUCUAUUAGAGAGGAUCCAACAGUCGCCGAUAGAACAACUCGACGGAUCGAAUUGCCCAAUGAGGAACUACGAUCGCUCGAACGUACUCGAGACUCGUCCUCCAUUGCUUCAUCAAGAAGCACUUUAUCAUUCUCAGACGAUGAACCCGAAGCCAAGCGUCAAUGGCCAGAUCCCUCGAAAUUUGCAUGGGCCGUCGAUUCAGCCAUCAAACAAAGUUCCCUACGACCAGAACUCGGACAUACUCUCUCCUUGCUCAAACAGUAUGCCAUUGAUAUCAAGUUCGCCAAAAGCAACCUUGUUAACUCCUCUGGAGCACCUGAGUUCCCUGACGCAGAGUGGACCAAUAUCCUCUCUGGGAAACCGGUCAAUCUCGACCAUGUGUUCUCCGGACAUUAUUCAGCAGGACAAGAGGAAAAACAAGUCGAGAAAUUGGGUGGACUCGAAAUCUCGUACCGCCCGACGGCUCCUAGUAAAAGAGUCGAAACGUUCAGCGACUGGGUCUAUGCCUGGAACCGGACAGUAUCCGCCAUCGCGUAUGCUUUCCCAAACCGCUCUAGCGAACUGCGAGCCUACGCCGAUCACAUCCUCGGUAUCUUCGGAGCCCUCGCAACUCCCCUCCAUUACCGAGUCCUCGAACUCGACAAAGCGAUUCGGUCACGAGUCGCUUCAAGACGAGACUUGUUACUCACAGACUACUCGUCUUUCAUCGACCUCCAAAUGCAAUAUAUCCACACAGCCGGAGCGAACGUUUACCAAAACAGCAGCGAGAGAAGCGCUUCAUCUGCCCAAUUCAAGGCUAUCCAACAAUGAUCGAAAGAUGCUUGUAGGAAGUGGAACAAUGGGAACUGCACAAACCUCGCUUCCUCAUGCAGAUACAGACACAUUUGCUCUGCGUGCCGUCAACACGGACAUGUUGCAACGCAGUGUACGAAGACUGCAAAACAGUAAACUCGCUUUUAGGUUGGACUCGUCACGACUGUCAUACCUCAGAAGCCUUAUCUGGAACGAUCAUGAAUGUGACAUACGUACCACGGCUGAUGUGUCUCUUACACAUAAAUCCCUACCUGAUGUACCAUCACGCGAGCUCAAUAGUCCAGAAGUACAAUCUACACUUGCCACUCGUCCC